AUGUACCUCCGGCCCACAGCACCACCCCCUCCACUUGAACAGCCGGUCAGUACCCCAAGCGGCACCACCACUCCCAUCAUCAGUGCUGACACAGGAACCCACUGCAUAAGUCGGCCCCUAGACCUGGUGUUCAUUAUCGACAGUUCACGUAGUGUGCGCCCCGCAGAAUUUGAGAAGGUCAAAAUCUUCCUGGCUGACAUGGUCGACACCCUCGACGUUGGCUCGGAUGCCACGCGGGUGGCCGUCGUGAACUACGCUAGCACGGUGAAGAUCGAGUUCCUUCUCAAGACGCACUUCGACAAGGCAGGCCUGAAGGCAGCGCUGGGCCGCAUCAAAUCUCUAGCUGCUGGUACAAUGACUGGCCUGGCUAUCAAGACGGCCAUGGAGGAGACCUUCACUGAGGAGUCAGGCUCCCGGCUAGCUAACAAGAACAUUGCCAAGGUGGCCAUCAUCGUAACCGAUGGACGUCCCCAGGACACGGUGGAGGAGGUGGCCGCGGCAGCGAGGGCGGCGGGCAUCGAGAUCUACGCAGUGGGGGUGGACAGGGCGGACAUGAAGUCCCUGCGUCUCAUGGCCAGUCUGCCCCUGGAUGAACACGUGUUUUACGUGGAGACCUAUGGCGUCAUUGAGAAGCUCACAUCCAAGUUCAGGGAAACCCUGUGUGGUGUGGAUGCCUGUGUCUUGGGACACGACUGCAACCACAUGUGUGUCAAGAACAACAACUCGUACACCUGCAAGUGUCGAGAUGGCUAUACACUGAAUGCGGACAAGAAAACAUGUGCACUUUGUUCUCGGGCUGCAGGGCCGGAACUCGACCUGAUCUUGCUCAUCAACAGCUCCAAGAGCAUCCACCCUGACAACUUUAAGCUGGUGAAGCGUUUCGUGGUGCAUCUGGUGGACUUGCUCCAAGUCGGCCCUGGCGCUGUACAGGUCGGCCUGAUCCAGUACUGCAGCCAAGUCCGGACCGAGUUCACCUUAAACCAGCACCGGACUGACAAAGCUUUGAAGGAGGCGGUGAGAGGUGUUCCCAAGGGCUCCAUGACCGGUCUGGCCCUGCACCACCUGUUGGAUAGGAGCUUCACCGAGGGAGAGGGCGCCAGGCCAAUGUCAGCCAACGUGCCUCGGGACAGUGUGGAGAUAUACACAGUCGGUGUUGUUAAAACAGAGGAGAGAGAGCUCCAGGAGAUAGCCUCUGUGCCCAACAGCCAGCAUUACUUUCACUUGGCCAACUUUGGCACCAUCGACUCCAUAGCUCACACCUUAAAGAGCAAGUUGCGCCAAAGUAAGGAAGAAGGAAAUGGAUGA